GAACGAAAACCCUCUUGUCAUUGUCAAGUAACACGUGUUUUGUGCAGCAAAAUAAACAAAACUUCCUGCAGGAUUUCUCUCAAAUUUAAGGAAGUUUAUUGAAACAAAAAUGACUGAGAGUAAGAAAACAAAGAAAAGUAAAGAGUCCUCGUCAGAGGUACCAACGGUGAUGCGUAGUACAAUUCUCAAGGCUGUUGAGGCAAUGCAGAAGGGACUCCAGGAAAAGGGUAAAGGCAAAAAGUCCAUGCUGGAUAUUGACUUCAAGUAUACCCUCCAAGUGGGCAUGUUUAAAAUCCCCAAAGGGUCAGGAAGACUGCAUAAAGUGCUUCUCCCGCACAGCCUUAUCGAUGACAUGGACGAAGUAUGCUUAUUUGUCAAGGAUCUCGAGCGUGGGACCAAGAAAGAUUUUCAGCCCACGAAGGAUCACUUUGAGGAUGCUCUGAAAGCAGCAGGUGUCACGAGGAUCAAUCGUGUGGUUCCUGUGAAUGAACUCAAGACGGAAUAUGGACCUUUUGAGGCAAAAUUGAAACUUUGCCAGAGCUUUGAUGUUUUUCUGGCGGAUUCGCGAAUCUACACAAGGGUCAUGCCGCUCGUCGGAAAGCAUUUUCUGAAGCGCAAAAAACUCCCAAUUGCCGUGAAGUUGGACUGUGAGGAUCUCAAUGAAGCCGUGGCCAAAGCUCUGAGGUACACAAUCUACCGACAGAAUAACUGCGGGAAUGUUAUAGCUAUUGAUGUGGCAAAGCAUACGAUGGCGCAGGAAGACAUUGCAGAUAACAUUGAAAGUCUCCUUGGGCAGAUGGAAAAAGAGAUUCCAGGAGGAUGGGCAAAUAUCAAGAGUAUCUACGUGAAACCAGCCAAGGAUGAUCCCAUUAGCAUUCCAAUUUACUUGAAUGCAGACUCUGGGCAGAAUGUCAAAGUGCCCAAGGUGAUUAGUCAAAAGGAGAAGAUUUUGCAGAAGAAGAGGAAACAUCUCAAUGAGACUCUUGAGGAUUUGAGCUUCACCGAAAAGGGCAAAUUCACUGGCAUCAAGAAGAAGAAGAUCAAGGCAUAAAAUAUUUUAUUGAAUAAAAUGCGUUUUUCUAAAGUUUA